UAUCAAUUGUUUUUAUGUUAAACGUUAUUGCUUCAUCUUCAUGUCAAGAUGAAACAGUGUUUCACUGCUUUACCAAGCCCGGUUGCAAGAUUGCUCAAUGUGAUCCGGUUGCUGAAGGAUUAGACAGACCAGGCUUCAAUAUCGAUGAACAUCUGCAUGACAGAAAGUUCCCGAUUACAUGCGAAUCAAAGAGCACGGACAAUCCGUCUGCUAUAGUAUCCAGGAACAUAUUAGAUAUUGGACUUAUCAGAUCAGAAUUGAGAGAAUUGGAAGGAAAAAUCGACAAAAACAUGGAAAAUCUGGAGAAAAAAGAUUCGGAAAAUUGUGAGACGUGCGUCAAGAACAAGAAACUAUCUUCCGAAUACAUCGAUCUUCGUGACAAGGUUAUUCUGCAAUCUAAACAAAUUACUGAUUUAAUGAACAACUAUGCAAUUCGAUCUGUUGCAAGGAAACAACUUGAGAAGAGAGCUGCUCGACAAUCUGUCGUUAUCAAAGAAUUGAAGACAGAUUUGGUUAAAGUUCAAGAAAUGAAUAAUAAGUUGAUGGAAGACAACAAACAAUAAGAUGAACAAAGAUGAAAUAAUAUAUUAAUUUACCGGAAUAAUUUAUCAGAGGACGAAUAUGUUUUUUGUUAAAAAGAUUGAACAUUUAUCAAAUGAGGAACUAUUAAAAUUAAAAAUACAUAUUGAGCUUGGACCUGGACCUCUACACUGCAAACGAUAUCUCGGAUUGAACGAAAACUUGCUGAAGAGAAGUAUUCACAGCGUCAAAUUACCGAACCAACAACAACGAUUCAAACAACAGUAAAACCAACUUCUCUUCCAGAAAUCUGCAAAUUGAAGAUUGGGAAUAUCUGCUACUUUGCUGUUGUAAAUAUACUGCAAAAUGUCAGCUACAAUGAAGCCAUUAUUAUUUGUAAAAGAGACAACGCAGAUGUUGGUCUGUUUCGAGAUGAAAAAUCUUACAAUGUCGUUGUAAAUUACCUAUAAAUUUAUACUCUUGGAGAACGAAUUUUGGUAUCAGUAUGGACAGGAAUUCACAUCGAUCCAAUGACUCAUGAUGUUACACCUGUAGAGUCCUUUGUUAAAUGGCUUCCAGGUAUUUCAUUCACAGGAAUUCCUUCUAAAGACCUCAUAAAUGUUUACCUCGAUGUUAAAAGCUCCUCCUACUUGGAAGCAUCAUGGAGUUAUUUGUGAGAUCCAGAUCUAAUGAAACGUCUGCCUUGUAUUUUAUUCCUCUGGAUCAAUCAUCAGUAAAAUACGAAUCAUUAAACUCCAGUAUAAAAAGUAUACGAUUGCA